ACACAAGAUAAAGGGCAGCAGAGCUUUUGGUUGCUUCAGCAGAAAUGGGAGAACCAAAGAGACGGCAGGAAGAGAGUAUUUCUGACAGCGUGCAUAUUUGGUGUCUAGAAGGAAAAAAGAAGAGUGACCUCAUGGAGUUGGAUAUUGUUUUGUCUGCAUGUGAGAAAGCAAUCCGGGAGCAUAAAGAAAGAAUAGAAUCUAAAAUUUGUAAAGAAGCCAUCAAUAAAUUUCAUUGUAAUAUUAAAGAACUCAUCAAAAUGCUUAAAGAAGCCCAGAUGUUGAAAAAUCUGAAAAGGAAGAACGCGAAGGUGAUUGCAGAUAUCAAGAAGAAAAGGCAGCGUUUGGUUGAAGUCCAGGAUGAACUGCUUCGGUUAGAGCCCCAGCUGAUACAGCUACAAACAAAAUACGACGAACUUAAGGAGAGAAAGUCAUCCCUGAGGACGGCAGCAGAUUUCCUAUCUAAUUUAAAACAGCUCUAUCACGAGUACUCAGAUCUUCAAGAGAAAGAACCAGACACAAAGGAAACGUAUGAUUCAUCCAGCCUUCCAGCUCUGUUAUUUAAAGCAAGAACCUUUUUGGGAGCUGAAAAUCAUUUGCAAAAUAUCAACCACCAAUUAGAGAAUCUCCUUGACCAGGACUGAGGAGACAGCCGUACUGAAAUGUGCCAACUUAGUCCCCUGCGGCCUCUGAAAACAAGUAGGGUCCAGUCCCCAGGAUUUAGUACUGAUUAAUAGUUUUAGAGGCCAUGAUCCUUUUAGGAUAAUGUCUUGAGUAAUUUAAAAAUGUUGAAACCCUAUCUGAAUCAGCGCCAAACAUGUAUGUUUUAACCUGUAAAAUUAAGACAAUGUGAACAUAGACUAAAUGCUACAGUUAAUUUCCAAUAAAAUUGAUUUACUUACAUUAUUUUCCAAGUAACAUUUGACAGACUGAAUAUAAUUUUUUGUUACAAAUCUCGCAGAUUACAGGCUGCUUAUGUGAUGUCCACAGUUGGCUACUCUUGUAAUACUUCCAUAAUGAGGUCAUCAGGAAUCUCAUCCCCUCCACUACUGUGACGCAGAAGACUGCUCUCUGCAGCCGCUGCUAAUUCAGCAUCUUCAGUGGCUUCUAAAAAGCAAGCAUCAUCCAUGCCAUUGUCCCAGCCAGGGUCAGAGGAUGCACCAGGGGACGGUUUAUGAGGGCUCGUGGUUUCAUUGUUCCUAGUUUCGUCUGUUGUAAAUUCUUCUUCCUUUAAAAAAAAAAAAUCUAGUUGUAAUUCUACAUAGACUGAAUAUAUAAUGAAAUCACCACAUAUUAAGAUCUUAAGACCAGUUCGAUAGGAAUGAGAAUAUUAACUGUUUCUGGAGUUGGCUCAGAUACUCCUUAGACUCCCCAUUUGAAACUGCCUGCAGUUCUGUGGCACAGAUGUUUCAGCAUCCCCAGCAGGUGCUACAGCAAGGACAGACUUACCUGUUCAAGUGGCCUGUGUACCUGUUAAAGACAAACUGCCAAGGACUAAUCACUAAGGCUUACAUGAGAUAAUAGUGAUGUUAAAUUUCCUUAAAUUAGGUGUGGAGCCUCCGCCUGGGGCACCAGCAUCCUGUAGGGGCACUGGUUCAAGUCCCAGCUGGGCCCUGCACCACGUGGGAGACCCAGAAGCAGCUGUUGCAGCCAUUUGGGGAGUGGAUGGAAGACUUCAGUCUCUCAAAUACACCUUAAAAAGGAAAGGCCCCACAGAGUAUUAUGUAUACUUACUGGUUUUAAAAAUAUGAGCCCAGAUAAAAAUGUUGUAAUAUUAUGAGGAAGAUUUUAAAUUAUUUGGGCAAAUAAAGAUCUUUGAAAGAAA